AUGUUAUCACUCCUCCAUGUUACCACGCCUCCAUGUUACCACUCCUUCAUGUUACCACGCCUUGCUAUUACCACUCCUUCAUGUUAUCUCUCCUCCAUGUUACCAUUCCUCCAUGUUACCACGCCUCCAUGUUACCACGCCUUCAUGUUACCACGUCUUCAUGUUACCACGCCUUGCUAUUACCACGCCUCCAUGUUACCACGCCUUCAUGUUACCACGCCUUCAUAUUACCACGUCUUCAUGUUACCACGCCUCUAUGUUACCACGCCUUACAAUCAUCACGCCUCCAUGUUACCACGCCUCCUUGUUACCACGCCUUACUAUCACCACGCCUCCAUGUUACCACGCCUUGCUAUUACUACGCCUUACAAUCACCACGCCCUUGUUACCACGCCUUACUCUCACCACGCCUCCAUGUUACCACGCCUCCUUGUUACCACGCCUUGCUAUUACCACGCCUUCAUGUUACCACGCUUCCACGCCUUACUACCACCACGCCUCCAUGUUACCACGCCUUACUAUUACCACGCCUUCCUAUUACCACGCCUCCAUGUUACCAAUCCAUGUUACCACGUCUUACUAUCACCACGCCCAUAUUACCACGCCUCCCUUGUUACCACGCCUUGCUAUUACCACGCCUUCAUGUUACCACGCUUUGCCACGCCUUACUACCAUCACGCCUCCCUUGUUACCACGCCUUGCUAUUACCACGCCUUCAUGUUACCACGCUUUGCCACGCCUUACUACCACCACGCCUCCAUGUUACCACGCCUUACUAUUACCACGCCUUCCUAUUACCACGCCUCCAUGUUACCACCCAUGUUACCACGCCUUACUAUCACCACUCCAUGUUACCACUCUCCAUGUUACCACGCUCCAUGUUACCACACCUCCUUGUUACCACGCCUUACUAUCACCACGCCUCCAUGUUACCACCUCCAUGUUACCACGCCUCCAUGUUACCACGCCUCCGUUACCACGCCUUACUAUCACCACACGCUCCAUGUUACCACGCCUCCUUGUUACCACGCCCAUGUUACCACGCUUACUAUCACCACCUCCAUGUUACCAUGCCUCCUAUUACCACGCCCAUGUUACCAAUCCAUGUUACCACGCCUGCAUGUUACCACGCCUCCAUGUUACCACGCCUCCAUGUUACCACGCCACCAUGUUACCACGCCUCCAUGUUACCACCUCCAUGUUACCACCUCCAUGUUACCACGCUUCCAUGUUACCACGCCUUUUACCACGCCUCCAUGUUACCACUCCUCCAUGUUACCACCUCCAUGUUACCACGCUUCCAUGUUACCAAGCCUUCCUAUUACCAUUCCUCCAUGUUACCACCUCCAUGUUACCAAGCCUUCCUAUUACCAUUCCUCCAUGUUACCACCUCCAUGUUACCAAGCCUUCCUAUUACCAUUCCUCCAUGUUACCACUCCUCCAUGUUGCCACGCUUCCAUGUUACCACGCUUCCAUGUUACCACGCUUCCAUGUUACCACUCCUCCAUGUUACCAAGCCUUCCUAUUACCAUUCCUCCAUGUUACCACUCCUCCAUGUUACCAAGCCUUCCUAUUACCAUUCCUCCAUGUUACCACUCCUCCAUGUUACCAAGCCUUCCUAUUACCAUUCCUCCAUGUUACCAUCCAUGUUACCAAGCCUUCCUAUUACCAUUCCUCCAUGUUACCACCUCCAUGUUGCCACGCUUCCAUGUUACCACGCUUCCAUGUUACCACGCCUUCCUAUUACCACUCCUCCAUGUUACCACGCCUCCAUGUUACCACGCCUCAUGUUACCACGCCUUCCUAUUACCACUCCUCCAUGUUACCACGCUUCCAUGUUACCACGCCUCCAUGUUACCACACCUUCAUUUUACCACAACUUCAUGUUACCACACCUUCAUGUUACCACCCCUUGAUAUGUUACCACACGGAGCUACAUUGUUGCCAUGCUGUACGAGAACGCCUGGCUAUGUUAUAUAA